GGGUGAUGUUAAUUUUUAUCUAAGAUUGCCUUAUGAUGUUAAUUACGAGGAGAAAAUCUGGGAUCACGCGCCUGGAUCUCUACUUGUUACAGAAGCAGGUGGUAUUGUUACGAACAUAGACAACGAGCCUUUGGAUUUUUCUUUGGGAAGAACUUUGGGAAAAGUUAAUAAAGGAUUCGUGGUUACGAGUUCUAAAAUACAUGAACAAGUUAUUGAUGCC